AUGGUAGUCUUGAUUGUAUAUGUGAUGAACUCUCCUGUGCGUGUGGCGGUACAAGGAGCGUAUCUCGUGGCAAUUUUCUUCACGGGAGUGACAUUUGGAGCGCUUUCCAUUGUGUUCAAGGAAUUGACAGAAGGGCUUGGAUGCCUUCUGGGAGGGUUCUGUGUCAGCAUGUGGCUUCUUUGCCUAAGGCCGGGAGGACUUCUCACGGACACAAAUGCCAAAGCCGGGUUCAUCGGCGCAAUCUCUGUCGCAUUCUACGCCUUGUCCUUUAGUCAUCACACGCGUCCUUAUGGGUUGAUAGUGUCAGCUGGCGUUUCGGGAGGUACGGCUGUUGCCUUGGGAAUUGACUGCUACAGCCGGGCUGGAUUGAAAGAGUUCUGGCUCUAUAUAUGGGGACUCAACGAAGAUGUAUUCCCUCUGGGGACUGAAACCUACCCAAUCACUCGCAAUAUCCGGGUAGAGCUUGCGGUCACAGUGAUUGUUGCUAUCUUAGGUGUUGUGUCGCAGCUCAGACUGUGGAAAGUGAUCAGAGAGAAGCGAAGCAAGGAGGAAGCUGUCAAGAAUGAGGAAGAGAAGAGGAAAGAAGAGGCCGAAGAUGAAGUGGCCCGCAGGCUCGAGGAGAAUAACAUGCGGGAAAGACAAGCAUGGGAAGCUCAAUACGCGAAUGUGGAAGCAAAGCUCAUGCCGGAGCUUGGAGACGGCACUCAAUGUGCUGCAGAUAAGGAGGAUCUUGAGAAGGGGGACGUGGCCGACGUCAACAGCGUUUCCGGUUCAUCCCAGGUCUCCUAUCGCUGCUCUGACUGUAGAAAACAGGAGGGAAGUGAGGAUUCAUUCUCAGAUGCGACUCGGGCUACAGGAAAUACUGAAGUCGAGAGAGAUGGAGACACGACUGAGAAGACAACUGAUGGCGCAUAUCCAAUGCCGUUCAAGGUCUUUGACGGGGCCGCCGCGGCGAGAAUGAUAGAUGACAAGGAAUCUGAUGUGACUGCCAUGGCUGGCUCAGACACCGCGACGGUACGCUCGAAGCGCUUCUCCGGAAUGACACUCUGGAAGAGGAUGUCUAUACAGAGCAGCCUGAGACCUGCACCAUCACAAGAAGCCCUCGCGCAUAUUGAUGACAAGUCGUUGGUAUCUGCACAAAGCGCUAUGGAUGACCGCAGUGACAGAAGCUCGGAUUGUCAUAGCGUUGAAAUUGAAUCGCACGAGGAUGCGGUCAAGACUCACUCGGAGCCUGAAAUAGCGGUGCAAGGAACUGCCAUUCCCUCUGAUAGACGCAACAGCAACGUGGAAGUCGAUAAAGGUGAAGGAAUCGAAGGUGAAGAAGAAUGCCUCGCCAAACAGGAAUUAGUCCUUGUGCAAGAAACGGACGCUCAUGGAGAGGAGGAAGGCUUGCUCAAUGUGGAAGGAAGAGACACUUCUACAGAUAGCAUGAUACAGAAGCAAUUGAAAACAGAGGCUCAAGACGUUGGCCAGAACGAAAGUCAUCCAUCUGAUGACAAUGGGGGAAGUCUGCAAGGACUUGAGUCUCGGCCGGAUAGCAAGAAGACAGAGGACGAAGAGUCAACGACGCAAGCUGAUGGAGUUUGUCCACCAUUGCCUUCUCGAGCCGAUGCGAAGGCAGAAGAGGCCUCUGGGAGAACACAACGACAGUCUUUAGAGACCCCCAAAGUUUUACAGACAAACGCCAUAGCCGAGACUGCAGACUGCAAUGACACAAAUUCGAUCGAAGAAAAUACGAAAACUGGCCGCCCGGAGGAGCAGAAUCUUCAAGUUCCAGGAGAACAUACCUCAUUGAAGACCCCACCAGGCACAGAGAACCGUCAAAGCCAAGUUAGUGCUGAAUUCGAGAGCCAGCGACCCUCGCCGUCGCAUUCCAAACCAAAGAAUAAACGGAAACCGGAAAAGCCCAAACUGGACGCCAAAACAGUGAGACAUCUUCCGGAGCGGACAUCGAGGGUAGUCCAGACCUAUCGCACGAAUGAAUGGGCCAAGCAUCUUUGUGAUGCAGAAAUUCCCGAGCCAGAACCUAUCGAGCCUAUCACAAAGGAUGCAGCAGAAAGCCCUAUAGAGGCUGAAGAGGCUCCUGCUCCUGUCAAUGUCGAGGCGCUGUUGCAAACACCUCUCACUGCGCAACCACAACCUGCUGCCAAUUCGCGUGCCAGCACCGGAAAAGAGCAGCAGAGCGCAAAUGAGAGUCAGCAAAUAUAUAACGACUACAGGCUGCGCACAAUUUCGGCUAUCAGUCCACAAAGAGUUGGAGAAGCUCAACCAGUGGACAGGACGUCAGGAGUACCUUCCACAAUCAUCUUAUCGUCCACCACCCCUCUCCCAAGCCCGGUGUCCUACGGCGCCGGGCAUAAUGCUCUCCCAGUCGCAUCCAGCCCACCUAUCCCGGCUGAACAACCUCAAGGGGACCCUGGGCUCACCAAACCGAGAUGGAAAGGGCCGCCACCCCUCCUUGCAGUACGAGAGGAUAUGAUGCGGAGUCGGGUUUCGUCUACUUGUCUCAGCCUUGAUCCAUGGGCGUCGCGGAACAGCCCUAGGAAGUCUGUUUCAAUGGAUUCUUCGGCCCAGAGUUCCCCGACGACUUCAUUUCCCGAAUCAGGGGAUGACAUCCCCCUCUCUCGUCGCCGUGCAAUGCUGCAUCAACAAAAAGUCCAGAGCCCGCACAUAAGCAUGCCAGUGUCAGCCCCGAAAUGGAGUCAAUCAAGCGUAUCUCGGCCUGGAAAUGCUCAAGCGGUCAUGGCCGCGUGGAGAGAAUCCAUUCGGGAAAACUUGAAGGGUAAACGCAAUCCUUUGGCGAAAGAGGAUCUACCAAUGGGCGGGGCAGGCUUUGGCCCUCACGCUACGUUUCCUUUUGUAGCACCGGGGCGGAGUGCCUCCUCCCUGCAAGUGAAUCUCGACAGGGCGAUAGCCGACGGGAUGCAGCUCCGACUCGCUAACCCAGUCAAUUACGUACCCCGAAUUACUCCAGUCACCGUCCCGCAUCCGCUGCAGAUCUCGGACGAGCACCUGCCUCUGGAAGCGCACAGAGACGCGUAUCCGCUUCUGACCAUCCCUGAACGACGCCGCAGUCGGUUGUCACAAUCUCCAACUAGCUUGGUAGUAGAGCGCAGUCAGGGCGAGGCCGAGAGUGGACGCUCCAGCAUCGCAGUGCCUCGAGGGCAGAGGCGCAGUGGCACAUUCGAUCGCCAUUCCGCUCUGCAGGAGAUGUCCGAACAGGCGGAACACAGCAACAAUGGUACUCAAGAAGAAAAAGACCUGAGGUCUCCCGAACGGGCCCAUCUAGCCCAGGAUACACUCGCUGAUCGACAGGGAUCGUUGGGACCGUUGCAUGGGGAUCGUCCGCGCCAUAUACCGUCACAGAUUUCCCUUCGUUCACAAUCGCAAAUCGCCUCCAUUCCCUCAAAUACUGGUGCACCACCGACCGGCGGAGAGGCUGAGGUCGCGGAGGAGUUGGCAUGGGGCCCCGCGCAUCCUUGCUACCCUCAUGUCAAUCCACAUGUUCCCAUCGGGUCGCACGAAUACCUCACGACUCGAAUUAUUCGAAUACGACGCGAUUGGAUGGUGAAGGGGGAUCUGGCGCCGACAUUCUCGAACCUCUAUCCUGAGAUUCUGGACCCGUUACUACCGGAACAGGAGUUUCGGCGGGUGAUUGCGACGGUGAACGACGAACUCAUUAAGGCCUUUGAUCCGUUCAGUUUCCGCAAUCUGGUUGAUGGCGCGCUGGGUCUGGUCACAGGUUGGUUGUGGGAAGAUAUCGGUGCCUCUGGUAUCAAGAGCCAUCUGCGACGGGUGGAGGAUUGGCUUGACAAGUGGAAUCGCGAGGUCGGCGCGAAGGAUGGGGUACAUAUAUGGAGCCUGCGCCGGACGGCAUACAUGUCUUUGGACAUCCAAAUUCCGGAUCCCAAGGUUGGCAUCAUCCACAGCGAGGGUGUGUCACUGCCGGGGACGAGACCAAGCAGUGGCGUUGGGCUUGGAUUCUAA